AUGAUGGAAGGAUUAAAAAUAAAAAGUGUACACACCUCAGGGUAUCACCCUGAAAGCAAUCCUGUUGAACGAACUAACCGAGAAAUUGGGCGGUUACUCCGCACCUAUUGCCACAAACAGCACACCAAUCGGCUACGUUGGUUGGAAUUUGGUUGGAAUAUCGAAUUUUGGAUCAACCACACAACGCAUUCGUCCACCGGUUACACACCACAAUACAUACUGUUUGGACGAAACACACCACUGUCAAUCACAAAAUUAGUAGCGUUCCCAAAAUAUGAAGCUACUGACCCUGCCCCAGACAUCAUCCAGAUCGCCAUGAAGAAAACUCAGAAACAGGCACAGUUGCGAAACAAAUACAAGGAUAAAGAUAAAGCUUUCCCAAAGUAUGAAGCAGGGAUGAAAAUCCUUGUCAAGGAAAAUAGAUUAUCUUCUGCUGAGACCCACAAAUUAUUUUUACUAUACCAUGGGCCGUACCAAAUUUGCGAAGUACACGAAACAAUACUGUCGCGAUACGCAAUCAGGCUGGAACCCAGCGCACGUAUAAUUUAA